AAAAAAAAAUACAGUCAAGAUGUCCAUCGAACUUUCCGUUCAAAACCAAAGAGCUUUCCAAAAGCAAGAAUCCGUCUUCUUGGGUAACAAGAGAGGUUUGUUGAAGAAACUUAAGGAUGGUAAGAUUACUGACCAAGAAAGAAGAAAGGUCAGAUUCUUCAAGAACAUUGGUCUCGGUUUCUCCACCCCAAAGACUGCUAUUCAAGGACAAUACAUUGACAAGAAGUGUCCAUUCACUGGUAACGUCUCCAUCAGAGGUAGAAUUUUGAGAGGUGUUGUCAAGUCCCACAAGAUGGCCAGAACCCUCAUCGUCAGAAGAGACUACUUGAAGUACGAAAAGAAGUAUAACAGAUAUGAAAAGAGACACAAGAACGUUGCUGCUCACAUUUCUCCAGCUUUCGAAGCUCACGAAGGUGAUGUUGUUGUCAUUGGUGAAUGUAGACCAUUGUCCAAGACUGUCAGAUUCAACGUUGUCAAGGUUGAAAAGAAGGGUUCCAAGAAGUCUUUCGAAUUGUUCUAAAUUGACUAAAUCAUAAAAAAAACUAUUU